AUUUAAAACUAAAAAUAGUUAUGUUUGUUUGACCAUUGAUAUUAGAUUACUAGGUAAUAGUUUAGCUUUGUGUGUCAAACCAUACUUGCUAUUCUAUAAAGAAUGGCUCAACCUGAAGUUACAAUCCAACAAGGAACCCUGCGUGGUUCUACAGCCACUGAUCUCCAUGGCAAUCCCUUCCUGAAAUUCCAGGGAAUUCCAUAUGCCAAACCACCACUGGGCGAUCUUAGAUUCAAGGCCCCCGUUCCUCCCGAAAAAUGGACCGGCGUUUUCGACGCCACCAAAGAAGGCAGCAUUUGCUACCAGCGAGACCUUAUCAAAAAAGGCAUCCUUGUCGGAACCGAAAACUGCUUAGUCCUGAACGUCUACACGAAAAAACUCCCCAAAGACGAAAAAGAUCUGCGUCCGGUCAUGUUCUGGAUCCACGGUGGAGGGUUUAUUUGGGGGCACGGCGGCGAAGAACUCUACGGUCCCGAUUAUCUUAUUACCGAAGACGUGGUUGUGGUUACCAUCAAUUAUCGUCUUGGUCUUUUCGGGUUUGUCAGUUUUGACGAUCCGUCUUUGGAAGUACCAGGGAACGCCGGUUUGAAAGACCAAGUCAUGGCUUUAAGAUGGGUUCAGAAGAAUAUUGACAAGUUUGGUGGGGAUCGUAAUAAUGUAACGAUCUUUGGUGAGAGUGCUGGUGGUGUCUCGGUCCAUUUGAUGGUACUGUCGCCUCUAGCGAAGGGGCUUUUCCAUAAAGCUAUAGCGCAGAGUGGGUGUGCUUUAAAUACAUGGGUUCGAGCUAGCAAAGGGGUGAAACGUGUGGCUGAAAUAAUGGGUCUUGAACGGGUAGACGAUAAGACCGUCUUUGACGCUCUAGCGAAGAAAUCAACUGAAGAGGUUUUAGAAAUUCAAGAAAAAAUGGAAGAGGAAAUAAUACCCUACAAACCUAGAUACGUAGGUUUUGUCAUUGAAACCAGCUCCAAAGAACCGUUCAUGAUUGAAGAACCCAUUAAUAUUAUGAUAUCUGGACACUUCAACCAGGUACCAUUUUUGAUAGGGUACAAUACUUUAGAGGGCGCUGUUCUGGACGUGUUGAAAAAGCCAGGACAACCUGAGGCCCCAGAUUUCGAGCAACUUAUUCCAUGGUCAUUUGGUUACGAAGUGGGUUCUCCUGAAUCUAAAGCCGUGGCUGCAAAAUUGCAGAAAUUUUACUUUGGGGACGAAGACUAUUCUCAGAAGCUUUUAAGAAAAAAAUACGACGUUUUGAGUGAUACUCACUUCAUUUUUGGUAUUUACGUUACAAUAAUGACUCAAUUCGCCAUUUCAAAGGCACCCAUUUAUCUGUACAGGAUGACCGUCGAGACUAAUCUGAACUUCUAUAAAGUACUUCUAAACAUUCAAAUGCCUGGUGUUUGUCAUUGUGAUGAUGUUGGAUACCUUUUCAAGCAUUCUACUACGCCAGAAAUAGUACCAGGUAGUGUUGAGGACGUCUGUCUGACUAGGUUUGUCAAGUUGUGGACCAAUUUUGCCAAAUUUGGAAAUCCGACUCCUGAUAAGAAUGAUAAUUUGCUGAAAGUUGUGUGGAAACCUAUGAGGAAUGAUAGUGUUGAUUUUCUGGAAAUUGGGAAAGAAUUAGAGGCCAAGUCGAAUCCGGUGACUGAAAGACUACUGAUCUGGAAGCAGGUGUUUGCCGAAAGUCCAGCUGGAAAGAAACAAAAUGUAUUGAAUUUUGAGGAAUACAGGAUCUUGGAAAAAUUUCGAAUUUCAAUAUUAUCCCGGCGAAUCCACCAUUUUGUCACUACGAUGGCUCAACCCGAAGUUACAAUCUCUCAAGGAACCCUCCGUGGUUCUACAGGUACUGAUCUCCGUGGCAACCCGUUCCUGAAAUUCCAGGGAAUUCCCUAUGCCAAACCUCCACUAGGUGAUCUUAGAUUCAAGGCCCCCGUUCCUCCCGAAAAAUGGACCAGUGUGUUCGACGCCACCAAAGAAGGCAGUAUUUGCUACCAGCGAGACGUUAUCAAAAAGGACGUCAUCGCUGGAACCGAAAACUGCUUGGUCCUGAACGUCUACACGAAAAAACUCCCCAAAGACGAAAAAGAUCUGCGUCCGGUCAUGUUCUGGAUCCACGGUGGAGGGUUCGUUUGGGGGCACGGCGGCGAAGACCUCUACGGUCCCGAUUUCCUGAUUACCGAAGACGUGGUUGUGGUUACCAUCAAUUAUCGUCUGGGUCUUUUCGGGUUUAUCAGUUUUGACGAUCCGUCUUUGGAAAUACCAGGGAACGCCGGGUUGAAAGACCAAGUCAUGGCUUUACGAUGGGUCCAGAAGAAUAUUGCCAAGUUUGGCGGGGAUCCUACUAAUGUUACCAUCUUUGGCGAGAGUGCUGGUGGUGCUUCGGUGCAUUUGAUGGUACUGUCACCUCUAGCCAAGGGGCUUUUCCAUAAAGCUAUAGCCCAGAGUGGGUGUGCUAUAAAUCCAUGGGUUCGAGCGACCAAAGGGGUGGAACGUGUGGCUGAAGCAAUGGGGCUUGAAGGGGCAGAGGAUAGGACCGUUUUUGACGCUCUAGUGAAGAAAUCAACUGAAGAGAUUUUCGAAAUUCAAAGAAAAAUGGACGAGGAAAUAAUACCCUACAAACCCAGAUACAUAGGUUUAGUCCUAGAAACAAACUCGAAGGAAGCGUUCAUGGUUGAAGAACCCAUUAAAAUCAUGAUGUCUGGUAGCUUUAACCACGUACCAUUCAUGACUGGGUGCUGCGCUCUAGAAGGCGCGGUUUUCGACCUGCUGACAAAACCGACAAAACCUGAGGCCCCAAAUUUCGAGGAACUUAUUCCAUGGUACUUUGGUUAUAAAUUUGCUUCUCCCGAAUCUAAAGCCGUGGCUGCCAAAUUAAAACAACUUUAUCUCGGGGACGAAGAAUACUCCCGGAAGCUUCUAAGAAAGAAAUACGACGUUUUGACUGACAUUCAAUUCAUUUAUGGUACCUACGUUACCAUAAUGACUCAAUUCCCUGUUUCCAAAGCACCCACUUAUCUCUACCGGAUGUCCAUCGAAACCAACCUGAACUUCUUGAGGAAACUUCUGAACUUGCAAAUUCCUGGGGUUUGUCAUUGUGACGACAUUGGGUACCUGUUCAAGCAUUUUGCCACUCCAGAAAUAGUACCGGGUAGUGUUGAAGACGUCGGUUUAACUCGGUUCGUCAAGUUGUGGACCAAUUUUGCCAAAUUUGGAAACCCGACUCCUGAUGACAAAGACGAUUUGUUGAAAGUGGUGUGGAAACCGGUAACGGAUGCCAACGUGGAUCUCCUUGACAUUGGGAAAGAAUUAGUUGCCAAGUCAAACCCGGUGACUAAACGAAUUCUGCUCUGGGAGCAGGUCUUUGCUGACAGUCCAACUGGAAAAAACCAGAAAAGCGGUACCAAAUAAAUGUCUUUGAUACAAAAUAAACGAACAUUUAGAA